GAAGAAGAGUUAACUUACUCGAAAACCCAACCAAAUGAUGGACAACAGCGAUCCUCAACAGCAUCCACAGCAUUCGCUGAGUGGUCUGCCUCCACUGCCAAAAAGUCUGAGCUCUGCCGCCGCCGCCGCUGCCGCUGCCGUAGCCACCGCCUCACAUCAACAGCACACAUCCCAUACCGCCUCGCCGUCGGCGAGUGUGGUCACCCUGACCGCCGCCGCCGGGGACCUCUAUUUGGGUCCCUCCACAUCAGCGGCAGCGGCCAGGAAUCGCAGCUACAACGGUCAUCAUAGUCAGCGUCAUGGGAGCCUCUCCUCUACCCAGGAGUCGCUCAGCGAUCGGGAGUCUGUGCACAGUCGCGCCUCCUCCACACACAGUGCUGGUCCGGGUGUGGCAUCCGGAAGUCAACAGCACACGCCCACCAACAGCUCUAGCAGCACUGGAGCCUCAUCAUCGACGAUCGACAACCAGUUGGCCAUACUCCGCCGUGAAAUGUACGGCCUGCGGCAGUUGGAUUUGUCGCUGCUUUCGCAGUUAUGGGCCUUGAACGAAUCGAUACAGGGAUUUCGGGUGUUUCUGCAGGAGCAGGAUGCCAUGUCGCCACCGUCGCGAUCGCGGACACCCUCCGAUGCCAACUCAUUGUCCUCGGACGAGGAUGACGGCUCCUAUGCGCCCGUGGUGGGCCCGAAGCUGAUAGACGCGCCGGUGCCCAGGACCAUGGCCUCGCCGGCGGCUAGUGGGGGGCUGCCCACCAAACUGGCAACGGGUUCGACGACUUCCCAUGCGUCAACCAGCUCGACAUCGGGGACCUCUGGCUCCUCGUCGGCUGCCUCAUCGAUGGGCAAGCAUCAGCAGCUUCAACAGACGCCCCACUAUCAUCAAAGGCCAGCACCACCACCCGCACCACCUGCACAGCACAAGGCGCAUCCUCAGCUGCCGCGUAUCCUGCAGCAGCGCAUGAGGCAGGCACCGCCACCGCCGCCACCGACAAGGGCCAAAGGCAGCGGCGGCGGGGGGGCGAGCAGCAGUAGCAGCAAUCACAGCAUUAGCAGCGUCACCCAACAUCAUUCCCAUCCACACCCACAUGCCCAUCCUCAUCCAAAUGCCCAUCACUCGCGGCCUGUAUGACAAAACCCGUUCUUGGACUAAACUGAGUCCAAGAACAACACAAAAGGCAGAUGAAUACCUUUCGCAAAAAGGUCAAUUAGACGGGGAAAUAUCUUCAAGAGUCAAUUCAAAAUUUAAAAAAAAACUCGAUGAAAAACUCACACACAUCUCAAACAAAGCUUGCCAUUACUCCUCCUCCUCCAUUUCGUUUUUGAUAUUUUAGCAAAACGAAAGCAAACAAAAAACCCAGAAAAAGAAUCAAACACACAACAAAUAAAAAUGUUUACAAAUGAAGCGCGAGAACUUUUCAAACGUUUAAUAUUAAAUUAUAACAAAAACAAAAAAAGAAAAAAAUAAACAGAAAUUGUAUUCAAUAAUAAUCUCUAAGUAGUAAAGGAUAAGAUCCUUAAUAUACAUCUAUGUAUUACUUGAUUUGUAUAAACCUAAAAGUAACGCUUGAGAAACGCAUGCAAAGAAAAACAAAGAAAUUCCGCAUCGAAUUCAUAGAACUAGAACUGCUAUUUAUUUGUGUUUUGUUAAAAUGCAUUCAAAAUACUAUCCAAAAAAAGAAAAACUAAAAAACAAAUUGUUCCAAUUCACUUAGCACUAACCAAAACUAAACUCUUGGCCUAAAUAUACAUAUAUAGACACGCGCGUGGAUAUUUAUCUAUGAUAUAAUUUGAUAGCCCCUUGUUAAGUCUUAACGAUUAUAUAUAUAGUAUAUAUUGCAUCUGUAUCUCAAAACAAAACAAAAGAAAAACCUAGCUGAUCUUACUGUUAAUCUAAUAAUCCUAUCAUUAAAACUCCCAAAAACAUCUAAGGCAUUUAUAUGUAAAGCUCAAAUAUUGGAGCAAUCCACCCGAGCAUUUAUACCGUGCGUUACGCGAACAUAAAGGCAGUUCCAGUAUUUUUUUUUUAGAUAAACCCUAUCAUAUCACCUAUUCAACCAUCAAAUACAUGAAAUAUGCAAAAAAUCGACUGAUUUUGAAAAAUUGAAUUGUUAGAGUAUUUCUCUUGCAAUUUUCGUGAACUUUUAACUGCCUUUUAGUCGAGAAACGCACUGUAUACAACUAUUAUAUACAUAAAUAAAAUUUACCAUCUAAAAGGGAAAGCGGAGAAUACCAUGGGGUAUUUCCUAUUACAUAUGCAAAAAAAAAAACUCGGGACACUUAUAUAUUACCUAAUCGAACAAAUUUCCAAUAUUUAUUGAUAGUUCUUAGCUGCUAUGUUUUAACUAAACAAAAAACUCUACUAAAAAUUGGUAAACUAUUUGGAAAUCGGAUCCACACACAUAACUUUUAUUCGAAUCAAAUUUUCUUUAUUUUGUAUUCAUUAUACAAUUUUAAAAGAGACUAAAAAUCAAACAACAAA